AGACGCCCCCUCGACUUGGUACUGCAUAGUAAGCACACAGGGAAGACGCCCCCUAACCGGGAACUCCGAUUGGCUGUAGGGGCGUGGCUUGCGGAUCCUCGCUUUCCCGCCGACGGUUGGUUACGUCACGUGACAUGGGCUGGAAGAUGGCGUCUCCCACAGACGGGACGGAUUUGGAAGCAUCUUUGCUAAGUUUUGAGAAACUUGACCGUGCCUCACCAGAUCUCUGGCCAGAACAGCUACCAGGUGUCGCUGAAUUUGCAGCUUCUUUCAAAAGUCCCAUCACAAGCUCUCCACCGAAAUGGAUGGCUGAGAUAGAGCGUGAUGACAUUGAUAUGUUGAAAGAACUGGGGAGCCUCACCACAGCUAACCUGAUGGAGAAGGUACGAGGCCUACAGAACCUGGCCUACCAGCUGGGGCUGGAUGAGUCCAGAGAGAUGACAAGGGGAAAAUUCUUGAACAUUCUAGAAAAGCCCAAGAAGUAGCAACUGCUCAUGGACUGGUGUCCUGAAGACUGUAACCAAGCUUCCUUCUAAAUACGACCCUGAUGCCCACCACGUGCUCUCUUGGGAAAAGCCUGGAGGCUGAGCUUCAGGACUGCCCUCCUCCCCUGCCCCGGCACCCUGCGCCUCUGAGGAUAUUCGGUAUCAAGAGGAGAGAUUGUUGUAACCAAGGAGCAUUGCUGUUUACUGAGUCGGCUUCGUAGCUCUGGCUAUUGGUAACACAGAGGUCCUGUCAUUCUGAAAGGUAUUUUCCAGGAGCCCCAGGAUGGUAGAGUUCCUUUGAUUCUGUAAUGGCAAAGUCAGUAGUGACUUGUUGGUUGAAUGGGUUCUGUUGCGUUGUACUUGAUCUCUUAAGCAUUCAUGAUGAGGACGUCAGAGACCAACUAUGUUCUGGACCAGACUCUGCAUCCUGACCUGUGAACUCUGCAAGACCUAUUGAUUCUAUGACUUCCAUUCUAGAGGAAACAUUAGAAUCUUGUUGAAAUGCACAUCUGCUUUUUUAAGUCUAUACCUCCAACGACACUCCUGCUCUCAGGACUGUCCCGUCCCCACCUCCAGUCCCACUCGCAGGUCUGAGUCCAGACAAGAGGACCUCUUGCAGUGACUUUCCUGGGAUUAGCUGUAGAGUGAACGGCCCAUGCUGUGCCACUUUGAAUCCUAGACCUCCAGACCAGGAAGAAGGUAACAGAAGGAACUCUGGGUAGUCUGUUAUAUUUGUAAGUAAAAAAGUGGGCAGGCACGGUUGUGAGAGUCCCCACAUGACUGAAGACAAGGAAGCCUGAUUGACUGGUGUGCUAGCCAGUGGUAGUGGCAUUUGUCCCCUCCUUCCUCCUCUCAGCCGCUUAUCAGAUGCUUUGCUUAUGUGAUAAGAACACACCCCAUGAAAGUGUCUUGGCUUAACUACAACUCUCGCCUAUUUUUUUUUUUUUUCCAAAUUGCAUAUGUCUGCUAAAUUCUGAAAAUCUUGCCCCUGGGUAAAAUCGAUUAGACCUAGUCUCUCACAUUUUGAAGAGUACAGCAGGUUCCUUGAACAUUGUAGAAAGAAAAGCUCUGUGGCCAUCGUCCACUGGGAGUGUGGACACAGGAAAAGUGUGGUCAAGUUUGUGGUCUUGUCUCUGUUAGGGCACAGUACUCUUGGGGUCCACAGCAGGUCCCUUGACUGUUUUUGACAUUUGUGUUUAAUGCUAGAAUUGAUGUUGGAUUUUCCCCCUCAUUAAUGGUUCUGAUCAACACAAUUUUACUUUUUGAAAGGAAAAGGCAGUGAAAUAUAUACCAUAAAAUAUGAAUAUGAGAAGAAAUAUAUUCUGCUGGGGUACUCCCUACAAGGGCCAAUUGGUUUUAAAUUUAAUUCUAUAAUUGACAUUUUUUAAUCUCACUGAAUGCAGUUAAAGUGAGUGUGUACUCAUGGUGGGAACAAUGCCAUAAUGUCAGUUGUCCUUCUUCACUCUGUUUUUGAGAGUUGAUGACAUCAGGCACUUUUCAGAGUUUGGGGAAAUUGAAAAGUCUGUGGAGAAUACUGAGCUAGCUCCCCCAAACUAAAGCAAGUCUAUAAUAGGAAGCCAGGAGUUGGUGUUUUGAUCUGCUACACCUCCUCCUCCUAUCAUCCUAUUCACCAGCACUUAAUUAAUGUAAGUAGAUGUUUUAGACUUGUGCUAUUUAUUGUUUUUGUAUUGUCAUCCUUAGAAAUGUUAAUAGUGUAUUUUUAUAUUGAUAAUAUAAACUAAUGUAUAGUAUGUAUAUGUAUUUUAUAAUGUUAGAGAAUACUUUGUGUAUAAUGUUGUGUCUCUAUAAUAAAUAUGUCCCUUGUA